AAUGACGCGGGCGGUGUGGGGAAGUCGCCUCCCUCCCAAGUGCUGUCCACACGAGCAGGAGGCGAGAGAGCAAACACAGGAAGGUCUCAGUGAGCACAGAGCAACACGGCUGACAGCCCGGGGACCCCCCCGCCUUAUAUACACACACACACUUCAUUCACUCACUCAUUCUCAGCCAAGCUAAAGAUCAGAUCGCCUUUUAUUGCUGGAAUAGCCAGGCUGCAUCUCUGCACAGGGAGAGGAAGCCAGAGUGAACCACAGAAGCCCCCGAUCCUUUCACAGGCUAACAGCACAGUGGUGCAUCCUACCCCUCCUGCUCAGCUGGCUUCCCAUCUCCGCGAUGCUUCUCUACUAUUACCACCAGAGGUUCGGUCCCCGGAGUCGCCUCUUCCACUUAAUGCUGCUACUGCUGGUCCCAGGCUGUGCCGCCUUCAACCUGGAUGUGUCCCGGCCGGCAGUUUACAGCGGGCCCCCAGGCAGCUACUUUGGAUACUCGGUGGAUUUCUACUCGCCCGAUCAAAACACAGUCAGUGUCCUUGUUGGAGCUCCGAAAGCCAACACUAGCCAACCCGGGAUAGUGGAGGGAGGAGCGGUGUAUUUCUGCAGCUGGGCAACAGGAGGUGCUACUUGCAGCCAGAUUCCUUUCGACAGAAGCAGUAACAGAAGCAUCAAAAUUAAUGGCACCAGGGAAUCUAUUGAAUUUAAAUCCAAUCAGUGGUUUGGGGCAACAGUCAAAUCACAUAAAGAAAAGGUUGUGGCUUGUGCCCCUCUAUAUCAUUGGCGUGCCCUUAAAUUGACUCAAGAAAAAGACCCAGUUGGCACCUGUUAUGUGGCAGUUCAGAAUUUCAGUGUUUAUGCAGAAUAUUCUCCAUGUCGGUCUGGUCAGCCAGAUCCUGAAGGUCAAGGUUUUUGUCAAGCAGGAUUUAGCCUUGAUUUUACGCAGAAUGGGUAUCUGGUGCUUGGAGGACCUGGCAGCUUUUACUGGCAAGGUCAGGUGAUCACUGCUGGUAUCUUUGAAAUUUUAAAUGGAUACGAUUUCAGAGAUGUGAAGCGGAGAGUAAAUGGAGAACAGCAGACUGGAGUGGCUCCUGCUGAUUAUGAUGACAACUACUUGGGAUACUCAGUUGCUGUGGGGGAAUUCACAGGAGACUCUCAACAAGAAUUUGUUGCUGGAAUUCCAAGGGGUGCUGAAGCAUUUGGAUAUGUUGCCAUCAUAAAUGCGACAGAUAUGACAUUCAUCUUGAAUUUUACUGGCGAACAGAUGGCUUCCUAUUUUGGAUAUACCGUGGCUGUCUCUGAUAUAAACAAUGACGGAUUGGAUGAUGUGUUAGUCGGUGCUCCACUUUUCAUGGACCGGGAGUCUGAUGGAAAGUUGAAGGAAGUUGGGCUGAUUUAUCUUUACCUGCAGGAGGAAGAGUUCCUUUUCAAGGACCCUCAGAAACUACUAGGAAUGGAAGUAUUUGGAAGAUUUGGAAGUGCAGUAGCACCUUUGGCAGAUGUGAAUCAAGACGGAUAUUAUGAUAUUGCAGUGGGUGUACCUUUUGGGGGUGAAGAUAGGAGAGGCAAAGUUCUGGUUUACAAUGGUCACAGCGGUGGGUUAAAUUCCAAGCCAUCACAGGUCCUGGAAGGUUUGUGGCCCUCUGAGUCCAUGCCUCCUGGAUUUGGCUUUACCUUAAGAGGAGGCUCAGACAUUGACGGGAAUGAGUAUCCAGACCUAGUGGUUGGUGCCUUUGGAGCUAGCAAAGUUGCAGUUUACAGUUUCACUGUGCGAGUUUCUGCAACUGUGUCAGGCCAUGGUAUUCCAGAUACAGUAGUUCUGGAUGCUAACCUUCAGCUAGACAGACUGAAGCAGAAAGGAGGAAUUGAGAGAACGCUAUUCCUUAAUUCUCAUCGACCACAGCACACAUUCCAUUUUGUCGUUGGAAAAUCAGAACGUUCCAAGUAUCAGGAAUUCACUGUUUACCUUACAGAUGAAAAGGAGUUUAGAGAUAAAUUAACACCAAUUAUUGUUAGUUUAAAUUAUAGCCUGAAUGAAUCACAUCCUUCAGAGGAUCUUAAACCAAUAAUCAACUACUACAGUGAAACAUUUCUUCAAAAACAGGCACGCAUUCUGCUAGAUUGUGGAAAGGACAAUGUUUGCAUCCCAGCACUUAAACUUACAGCUACUCCUGAUAGACAACAGCUAAUAUUUGGAGAUGAGAAUCCUCUCACUUUAAUCAUAAAUGGGAGGAAUGAAGGGGAAGGAGCAUAUGAAGCAGAACUCAAUGUCAUAAUACCACCUGAAGCAGAUUACAUUGGCGUUAUACGCAACAAUGAGGCACUGAGCAAGCUAAGCUGCGCCUAUAAAGUGGACAAUUCAACUCAAAUGGUUGUCUGUGAUCUGGGGAAUCCUAUGACAGCUGGAACCAAUCUGUCUGUGGGGCUCCGUUUUUCUGUUCAGCGCUUGGAGACAGCAGAUGCCAGCAUCAACUUUGACCUCCAGAUCAAGAGUUCAAAUAAGGAUAAUUCAAGCAGCAACCUCGUACAUGUGCCGAUCAAUGUCAGUGCAGUUGCUCAGGUCUACGUUCGUGGGGUGUCCCAUCCUGAGCAAAUCUUUCUACCCAUCACUGACUGGAAGAUUAAAGAAAGACCUAAGAAAGAGGAGCACAUUGGACCAGUGGUUCAGCAUGUUUAUGAACUACACAACAGUGGACCAAGUGCAAUCAGGUCUGGAGUCAUGGAAGUGGGCUGGCCUAGUCACUACCGAGAUGAAUAUCUACUAUACAUUUUGCAGAUAAAGACAAAUGGGCCUUUACACUGCUACACAAAUGCUACAAUUAAUCCACUACAGUUAGAGAUUGUUGACCGGUCAAGUCUUGGAGAGCAUAUCAGCUUGCGGAACCCCACCACGACCACACAUCAUAUCGCAAGACGAGAAGUGAGGUUACCACAGCCCCUAAAAUAUGAUUAUGCAAUAAUACUGAAUUGUAGCAACAUUGAUUGUACAAAAAUAGUUUGCCAUGUUAAUCAACUGGGAAGAGGGGAGAGUGCAGUGCUGAAUGUUUGGUCUCGAAUCUGGGUUCAAACCUUCUUGAAGAGAAGAAACACCCAUUACUCUCUGCAGUCUCUGGUGUCAUUUGGAGUGAAGGAAAUGGCAUACAAAAUCCAGCCAGAAGAAUUACCCAGCACAAGUACUGUGAUAAAGACUUCAGUGAUUUGGGCUACUCCUGAUGCUUCACUUGCAAUUCCCCUGUGGGUCAUAAUUCUGGCUGUACUGGUCGGUUUGCUGGUUCUGGCUAUUUUGAUCCUAGUCAUGUGGAAGUUUGGUUUCUUUGAUCGAGCUCGCCCACCUCAAGAUGACAUGACGGAUCGAGAACAACUUCACCCAGAAAAGACUACAGACGCCUGAGGACUGACAAUAGCUGCCUAAAUCCACUAACCAGCUACUCUAAAGAUGUGUUCACACCACUGAAAAUUACUUCCUUCUAUUUGCUUUUGCAGAAAAUGAAGAAGAAAAAAAAUGAACUUUGCGCAAAACAAAUUAGCAGAGAAAGUGCCAUUGUUGACUAUGCAAUCACCUUCAAGCUACUUUACAGCGAACAUUCUGCCAGGAUAACGUUACUGAAUGCCUCAAUACUGUAUUGCAGUACUGAGUGAGAUUGUUAUUUUUCAGUUACACUGUUAAUCUUGAAGUAUACUUUUUAAGUGCAAGUGCUGUGCACUUUGUAAAUUGGACAAAAUUGUGUCUGAUUCCAAACAAUUAGAUAAAGUCUUUGUCGAUAGCCAGAAACCUUUAAAAUAGUAUUAGUCGUAUGAGUGCAGAGUUUUAAAUUGGCACUACCGUUUAUCAUGAAUUACGUAUUGCCUUCCUUUUUGGGCAACUCCUUUGAAAUACAAAGGGUCGGAAGGACCUUGACCGCUUGUAAAGCAAUCAUGAGUUGAUUGUUUUUUGUUGAGUUGUUAAUUAAGGUAGUAUUAAAGGAUAAGGGAUUUCAGUGAAAAACAAAAGUGUCUGUGAACAAAUUAUUUUCUUUUAAAUCAGAACAAACAGUCUGAGCAAAAAGGAGGUAAUUGCAACAUUAAUCAUUAAAUGUUGUCCUUCAUUGGGUGGUUUUACCAAGGGAUCUGCACUCAAUAUCCAGGCAUUUUCAUGUGAAGCAAUUUGAAGCAUAAUGUCACCCUACACUGGGAGUGGGAAUUACAGAUUUUUAAACGUGCAAUAUUUUCUAUAUAUAUUUAUAUGUUUCUGAAGCAUGUUUACACUGGGAUUUAGCCAUAUGUGGAAUUUACAUAAAGGUUUUUCUAUCAGUUUUUUCUAUGAUUUAUGGUUGUAAUAAUCUUACAACCAAACAAAAUUUUAAAGAGGAAUUGCAUAACCUCUGUUCAGUGAUCAGCAGUCAGCUUUCAUUUGUAUCAUAGUUUUUCAUUUUACACAAGUUGCAGAUAUUUACAAAAAUUAUUCUGCUUCUGUAUAAAAGCUAAAUCUAUAUGUUAUGUACCACUUUGGAAUAUUUCCUGUUUAAAAAUAUCCACUCUCACAUUGGAUUCAAUUGUACAACGGACGUAUAUUGCAAAUGUAUAAUUGUGUCAGUAUGGCUAAUAGCAAGAAGCUUUCGUUAGACUCGACAAUGCAGGAUCACUUGUUACUGAUCAGGUUGUAAAUUUUUGUGAAAUUUGGAGCAAGGUAUCCAAUUCUCCCAAUGUUCCAAUUUAAAAUUUACUUAUAUGUAUAUUUGAUAAACCCAUGUGGUAUACUUUUUGUUAUCCAGAUCCAAUAAAACUGAACAGUUAACACUGGAA